CGUAACCAAGAAAUUCUUGACAAAGUUUAACAUUAUUCCCGAGCACGAUGUUUUCUAGCACCUCUACUAUUUUAAAAGAGUCUCUUUUCUAUUUUUAAACAUGCUUGUAACUCGUAGAUUACCAGGCCUUCUUUACAACUACAGAUACACGGUGUACUCUUCAUUACUGCUUCUUUGCACCUUUGUUUAUUUUCUGUUCAAGUGGAAUGUGCUGUGUACGAACCUGCAAGCCUGGCAACAUGUUAAAAAAAUGUGUCAACUCUACGAGGACGGAUUCGCAAUUGGUUCCCUAUGUGCACCUCUCUGCGUUACAAAAGAUAUCCACUCCUUAACCUGUCACUCGUUUCAAGCCACCAAAGAGGCAGUUUUCAGCGCAGAAUGGCACAAUAUACGUCUAGUUUUUAAAUCUGUACCCAAAGAUUUUCAGUCCAUCCAUUGGUUUGACAAUGGCGUAGUCAAAUAUCCAACCGAAAAAGAGUUCCUAUCAACAAUCCGCACAAUAGUGAAAAACAAAUUAAAUCUGACUCUGUCCUACGAAACAGCAGUAAGGUUAUCAAGAUUAAAACCAUCUUAUGAAGAAAAGGAUCGUUUAAAGCGCCAAAAAGAAAUUGAUAAUUUAUGGUUUUUACUCCAAGAUAACGAGUACCUACUUUCAGCCUUAUUUACGGAUAAGGAUGUGUUUCCACAACUCCUUGGGACCUGUGGUCCAUACUACGUUGUUGAAUAUUUGAAUAAAGUGCCUGACAUAUCAUCAUUGUUGACUUUAAGUGAUAAUCGUGAGGAUUGGGGGAGAAGACUUAAAAUUUCUAUUCAAAUCCUGGAUCUACUAGAUGAGCUUGAAACUGGUUUUAGAGAACCAUUUCAUCUAUGUGAUAUUAAGCUAGAACAUUUUGGGUUGGUUAAAGGAGGAAAUAAGUUAAAAUUUAUUGAUUUAGAUGGUGUCCUGCCGAAGUCUGUUAUAAAUAAUUUUAUUAAAGAGAUUGAAUCGUGUGAAAAAGACGAUGACUGUGAUUUUUAUGAUUGUAGGUCGAAGUGUAAUAAAAAAACGAAAAAAUGUUCAAAUUAUGUGGCGAACAAUAACUUGCAAAUUGUAUGCGAGAAAAUCUUUUUGGGUUGGAGGAUGUCCAAAUCAGUCAUAGUUCCCGGUUUGCUAAUGUCUCAGCACACCCCAUCUGAAUUAGCAUACAUUUUAAGACAGUGCGCAAAUCCUGAAAAUGAUCAAAGCAAGGCCCGCACGUCUCCAAAAGAUGAAGUCAAAAAGAGAUUAUACAAUGUUCUUUCUGAAAUUGAGCAAACAGUUAAUAAUGAUUUCUUUCUUUAGCGAUUAGGUAUUUACAAA